GGAGCUCUCGCUAAAUAUGUUCAACGUUUUCCGCAUUUUUAGUACCGUACCGUUAUAUUAUUCGUGAAUGACUUUUUUUGGGUACCCCAUGAAGAGCCUCUACUCCGCGCGACACACUCAAAAGCGUGAUCACAACGGUAUGAGCCUUCGUGGCCACAGCACAUGGUUCGCCAUGUCAGGGCUGUGGGCCCGGCCGUUCCUUAUUGGGACCUUGUGCCGGUAACAACACCAACACCAACACCAGCCAGCGGUUUCAUAAUCGAUGAUUCCAGACACGGCACCACCGUGUAUAAGUAUAUUCUCUGGACAAAAAUCGCCAUGACAGAACAUGAGGUCGACGGACGUCGAUAUAUGGGGCGUAACGUCAGAGAGCUGUGCCAGGAUACAACGCAGCUGUUCCGCGAUCUCUCAGCUUAUCUCGGCUUAACGCCGAAGUCGAUUUUGAGCCGCCGAGGACAGAAGGAUAGGAUGAACAAGAACACAGUUGCUGAUAAUACCGAUAAGUCUUCCACGACAUGCAUCGCGACGCCUUCGCCUGCACGUACAUCAGUUCCGUACUUGGUGAUCAAGUCCCCCUUCCACUUCUGCCACCUUGACACGAUUCCCUCGAUCUACGUCGAUAACUUGAACAAUUUUCUCGCGAAGAAGGGUCUGUAUAGUAGAGGUCCAUUAUCAAGUGUGGGAACCUACAGGCAGGACCCUAGUCAGCCCAAGUCAGCGAACAGCAAGAAUAAGGAAAAAACAUACAAGGAAGGUCAAUAG